AUGCGGAGCACACAGGUGGUUUCUGUCACUGCCCGUGACGGUCACCGCCUUGACGUGUGCGGGGAGUCGGAAAGUGGGAACUUCCUAAUUCCAUUGUUUUCCCCACAUUUAUCAGUUGGGAUUCACUUACAUGGAUUUGAUUAUCCAGAAAUACAGUUUGAAAAGGAAAGAUUCUUUCCUCCCUUUGAUGUGGGUAUCACAUUGGAGAAUGCAAAACUGUCCUUCAUCCUGCAGGCUGGGCAGGGAGAAUGGCUACAUACGAAGGGCCCGAGGUCUCCCAGGGAGCUGGUUGGGGUGACCAGAAGGCUACAAAUCUGGCCAAGGCUGGCCAGGUGGCCACAAACACAGCCUCGGUCCCUGAAAGCUGGGAAUUGGACCUUGUCCAUUCUGGCAGGGCCUGGGACAGGUCCAGGAGGCUGGGCCAAGUCCCCGGGGCUGUCCCUGGGACCAGAAGGUAUAACCAGAGGGAGAUGUGGAUUUCAGUUCCAGGGCAUAAGGUUCAGCACAUCCAAGAAGGAGCUGAAAAUGACUUCUUGGAAUGUUUGAAGGACACUGUCUCAUACUGAGCUAUACAUGAGAAACCUGUGCAGGAGUCUGUUUCAGUCUGUGUCCUGUGGAGCAUGUGUGACUUCAAAGGCAGCUCUGGAGGGUUUCCUUGGGGAGAAGAGCGCACACUUUAAUUUCUGAUUUUGGCACAGUUCCACCAAUCU